AUGGAAUCUUCAAGGCGUUUGAAAACCGUGGAUAACUCUUUCGUGGCUGUCAUGGAGCAGUUUGUGAAGACAGUCGACAGAAUGGAUAACACCGUACUCAUCCCUAUGAAGUUGAUAGAUUUGCCUGUGAAAGAGUUAAUGCCGACGAGCGGGAAAGACUCCUAUCUUCAAAAUAACAUGAACAUGAGAGCUUUCUACUUCAUGGUUAAAGCUUUGAAAAUUAAGCUGUCACUGGGAUACAGUCCGCCGACUGAAAACGAUGCGAACAUGAUUCCCCUUGAGAGAGAAAUCCAAGACUCUUGCCAACGGUUAAAUCAGCUUACUUUGCUGGCAAGGUACAUCAAAACAUCAGCGCAAAACCUUGGUCCUAACCAUGAGCUGCCUUCUUUCAAGGAAUUCAAAGCCAAGACCACAUUGGACCCCGAAAACUGCCUCGUGGAAGCUAUUAAGAGGUUUGCUGACGAAGUGGAAUCUAUGGAAAAGUCCGUUUUGUUCCCUCGUCUCCUCGAAGACUACAGUGUGAACGAGCAGAUGCCUCAAUUUGACGAACAAGCUAAAACUCUACUCGAUGUUUUCGUUUUGCUCGAGAAACUUCGCACUGAGUUGCUGUCAGGCUCGCGGAAUUUCGAGCUUCCAGACCCGAAACUACACCAAAAACUGUCGGAGUUGUUCCAAACAUUUGUGCAGUAUACAACUAUGGCUAGAAAUCUUACGGCUCGUUAUGAAGAGGAGGUGCGAUGCUUUUGA